AUGCAAUGCGAGCGCAGCAAACAGAAGGAUGUCGAGAAAUUUCGUCAAUGUCAUCCAUAUGAAUUUAUCGUACGAAGUUCGUCACGAAGAAAAAGAAGAAAAGAAAGUGCAAGAAGGUUAGAGCACAUAGAAAAAAACAACAAAAUAACAUUCAUGACAAAUAUUGAUUCAUCUUUUGACACUUCGGAUUCUUCUCACCGUUCGUUAGGAGAACUAAUGUUAAUGACUGAUAGGUGCAAGUAUUCAUCACUAACUCAUCUACGUGACCAUAUGAAAGUACAUACGAUAUUUAUUCGAUUACCUUUUUUGCUGUAA